CGAGUACGUAUGGUGCUGACAAAUGGUUGUAAUAAUUUAGGGUGCCCAUGCGAUUUUCCGGUUAAAAGUGAACAGUCCACGUGAAGACAUAAGUAUCUUAGCUAUGCCAAACUCCACGGCCGAUAUUUUCACUUAAAUAAUACUCGCGUUCUCAACCAAACCCUGUGUCUUGUAUACAGCCAUGUCGAAGACCGGUCUUAUUGUUGGGUCUGGCCGUCAGUCAGAGGCAGUCAUCAACCUGCUGUCCGCCAAGCAGUAUCAUCUCCUCGUCUUUACUAGGAGUAAGACCUCGACUACGUCCCUUAAAUUAGCAGCCCUUGCUAAUGUUGAGAUUGUCGUCAACCCUGCCCGACAAGGUUAUGAUCUUGUUGUCUUUCUGGCUGUAGCAUCUAGAUUCUAUUUUAUGUUUGUGAAUAUAGAUAGCUUUAAGUUAGGGGAGUAAGUAGAAACCUACUAGAAUAUCUAUUUAUUUAAGCUUUUUAGGAAGGUAAAUAUAAAAUACUUAGUCUAUAGCAGGCUGGAUUAUAUUAGUUGCAAU